CUCCCAGGUUCACUUUGUUGGUUUUAAUUAGGCAUUUCUAAGGAAAACAGGAUAUGAAUGAAGAAAUAGUAAUGCAAUCCUUGGAAGAUUUGCAUCUCAGUAAAAGCAGCUGGCUCUUAGACCACUAAUGGUUCAUUUGCCACAGUGGGGAAAUUAAAAUAGGAAAUAUCUUUUCUGGCUUGGUACUGGUGCCUACUUGUACAUUACAAUAGUUUUCCUUGCUCCCAGCAUCAGCACUGCAUCUCCUGAGUCCUCAAUGAGUAAAGAUGCUUCGGAUAGUCUUUUUUUCUUCUGUCGUUGUCUCUGAAAUUUUAACUUUUGUAGGACUCAUUGUGAAUCUCUUCAUUGUAGUGGUCAGUUACAAGACUUGCAUCAAAAGCCACGGGAUCUCUUCUUCUGACAGACUCCUGUUCAGUUUGGGCAUCACCAGAUUUUUUAUACUGUUACUGAAUGUUGUUGUCAUCAUCUCUCCAAAUGUGGAAAGGUCAGUCUCCUUAUCCUAUUUUUUCCUGUCAUGUUGGAUGUUUUUGGACUCUAGUAGUCUUUGGUUUGUAACCUUGCUCAACGUCUUGUAUUGUGUGAAGAUUGCUAACUACCAACACUCAGUGUUUCUCCUGCUGAAACGAAAUCUCUCCACCAAGAUGCCCCGGCUGCUGCUGGUCUGUAUGCUACUUUCUGUCUUCACCACUCUCCUGUAUGUUAUGCUCAGAAAGUUGGCACCCUCUCUUGAAUUUGUGACUAUGAGAAAUGGCACAGUAUUUGACAUCAAUGAGGGACUCUUGUCUUUGGUGACUCCUUUGGUCUUGAGCUCAUUUCUCCAAUUCAUCAUUAAUGUGACUUCUGCUUCUUUGUUAAUCAAUUCCUUGAAGAGACAUAUACAGAAGAUGCAGAGAAGUGCCACUGUUCUUUGGAAUCCCCAGACUGAAGCUCAUGUGGGUGCUAUGAAGCUGAUGAUCUGUUUCCUCAUUCUCUACAUUCCAUAUUCAGUUGCUACUCUGCUCCAUUAUCUCCCUCCUUCUAUAGGGAUGGAUUUGAGAACCAAGUCUAUUUAUGUUAUUACGUCCACCAUUUACCCUCCAGGACAUUCUCUUCUUAUUAUUCUCACACAUCCUAAACUGAAAACAAAAGCAAAGAAUAUUCUUUGUUUCAAUAAAUAGUGGGAUUUCAAUAAUAAAUGGUGCUAAAGUCACCUCAGGGGGAGCAAGAUUUUCUUUGUUGGUAGUUUUCCCAGUGAUCUGAGAAAUUCAUUUUUGUAAUUACUGAUCUGACUCCAUAAACCUUUAAGUGCCUGUAUUUCAGUUAAUUCUACAAUAUAUUGUUUAGUAAUAUUCUAAAAUCAGGCACUUUCUAUAAGGAACUUGUUGGAGGCAUUGCUUAUUGUGUGUUUUGCAUGGGCAUCACAUCCCUGGAUCAUGGAAAUCACCACACUGUUCCACUGGCUACUGAAGUGUAAUGGGUAGUUCCCCCAAAUUAAGCAAUAUAUUAGAGGUCACUUCAUUAGUUAAAUUUUUGAAGUUUAGCUGAGGAACCCUGGGUAAGGGAUCAGCAAUGGGUAAAUGGUCAUCGGGAGCCACUCAACUGGCUUAGGCAUAACAAGAGGGUGCAGCGAGGAAAAGAGGAAGGGAAAGUUUCAGAGAGACAAGAGAGGAAAGAGAAACAUCAAAGGAGAUAGGUGUACAUUAUGUUAGAUGUAGAAAAAAGGGUCCUCAACUUGCUGAGGGACAGUAACUGCCAGGAAACUUAGGACUGAAUUUCUACUUUUGUUCUGGAAAAAAGGGGAGGGCCAGAAUUGAUGGGUGGAGGGAAGUGACCAGCAUUAAAGAAGCCCAAUCCAGGAUGCCUUUAAGGAUCUUCAAAUCUGGGAAGCCAAGUUCAGAAGCAUAUGCCAAAGAGUGAAAUCAACACAUUCUGAGUGCCACUUUACAAAAGAUUUGACCCUUUUAUGAUACGGACUUCAGUAGAAAGCUGAGAGGAGUCACUGGACUGGUGAUGGAAACACCUGACCUUUGGUGAACUUCCGUCAUCUCUGUGUGAAUUUAUGUACUGAAUUUUAUGGGCACUGCAUAAUUCUCCAGAAUGUUGCUCUUUCUGUUUAUUUGUUUGUUUGGAACAGCAGGACUGUGGCUACAGAGGAAUAGAAAUCUGAAGUUGAAAUACUGAUGUUUUGAAAUGGGAUUUGGGAAAUAGUAAUUUAUAUAGUUUUUUGUGUGUUUACAGGAUAUGUAAUAUUUACACAUCUCAAAAUGAUCUUAUUAAAAUAACAUUUUCCUUAUUAAAAAUUAUCCCAAGAAAUCUCCAAAUUUUACAGUCUACCUGAUAUUUCUCAUCCCAGCCACCAGAAUCUUGACUAUUCAGUAAGAUUACCCAAACCAAUAUUUUAUACUCCAAAACUUGGAGAUAUCUGUUAGAUUAGAAUCUGAAGAUUAGGAGAUAAAAGGAUUGCUGAGAGUGAUUAAGCUGCACUAUGACAUCAUAACUCUGAAGGAAUAGCAGAAACCCUGAUGGACCCCAACAUCUUUUCUUUUCCCCCAUAAAUUCAUAGUUACAGAAUUUUUAGCUACUUAGAAUUCUGGUAGCUUUCUCUUGUAAUUAGGUAUUGCCAUAUGAUUGAGUUCUGCCAAUACAGUAUGAGCAGAAGCUAUGUAUAUGAUUUCUAGGAGGUGCCCCCAGAAUGGGUGUUAAUAGAUGCUUGCCUUCCUUUUUCCCCUUCUCCUUUUCUGUGGGCUGGAACACUGAUACAGGGAUUGGCUGUCUUGCAUCACAGAUGAGGUGACGGCCUGGGGAUAGUGGAGCAGAUUUUCAUCCUAGACUUGGCUGUUUGGUUCCUAACACUGUGGAACUGCCUUACCUUAACUCCAGGACUGUUUAUGAAAAAUAAACAUCUCCAUUCUUUUCCACUCUAUAGUUUGAUGUUUCUAUUGCCAUACUCAAAUAACUUAUGCUAUACCGUAAGUAUGUACAAUAGCAUAUAUCUUUAUGAUGAAGUAAUGUGUAGCUAUUUA